AUGGAUGACUUUACCCCAAGUGGGGAGUGGGACAUCUUGGCUCUGCCCGGGAGACGGACUGUAAAUCCUCUGGAUCCAACCUAUGUGGACCUGACGGAUUUUCCAUCAGCACAAGAGCUCCACCAGAGAAGCCCCUCUGACUGGGCCAGUGAGGUGCGGGAGGCAGUGGAUGGUGUACGCUUUGUGGCUGAACACAUGAUGGGAGAUGACGAUGACCAGAAUGUAAUUGAAGACUGGAAAUACGUGGCCAUGGUGGUGGACCGCUUAUUCUUGUGGAUCUUUGUUAUUGUGUGUGUGGCUCAUGUGGCCGUCUCCACCGCCCCAACCAUGAAGCCGGUCACUUUUCUCUGCUCCGUAUCUCUCCUUUCAGCAGCUCUGAAACUGGGAGCCUUUGGUUCAGAUGCCGAGCACAAGCUGUUCUCUGUGAUAUUCUCCAACUACAACCAGUACAUACGACCAGUGGAGAAUGUGUCCGACCCAGUCAUAGUGCAGUUUGAACUGUCCAUGUCACAGCUGGUCAAAGUGGAUGAAGUGAAUCAGAUCAUGGAGACCAAUCUUUGGCUGAGGCAUAUCUGGAAUGACUACAAACUGAAAUGGAAUCCCAAAGAAUUUGGAGGUGUGGAAUUCAUCAGAGUUCCUUCAAGCCGCAUUUGGAAACCAGACAUCGUUCUUUAUAACAAUGCAGUGGGAGACUUCCAGGUGGAUGAUAAAACCAAAGCCCUUCUCCGCUACAACGGCGAUGUCACUUGGAUCCCGCCGGCGAUUUUCAAGAGCUCCUGUAAGAUUGACGUGACAUACUUCCCCUUCGACUACCAAAACUGCACCAUGAAGUUCGGCUCAUGGACUUACGACAAGGCCAAGAUCGACCUGGUUCUCAUCGGGUCCACCAUUAACCUCAAAGACUUCUGGGAAAGUGGCGAGUGGGUGAUCAUCGACGCUCCUGGCUACAAACACGACAUCAAGUACAACUGCUGCGAAGAAAUAUACACCGAUAUAACUUAUUCCUUGUACAUUCGACGACUUCCACUUUUCUAUACCAUCAACAUGAUCAUUCCGUGUCUUCUCAUUUCCUUCUUGACCGUGCUUGUGUUUUAUCUGCCGUCCGACUGCGGCGAGAAAGUCACUCUAUGCAUUUCUGUGCUCCUGUCGUUGACCGUCUUCCUGCUGGUUAUCACUGAAACUAUUCCUUCAACUUCUUUAGUCAUUCCUUUGAUCGGCGAAUACCUUCUCUUCACCAUGAUCUUCGUCACCCUCUCUAUCGUCAUCACGGUUUUCGUUCUAAAUGUCCAUUACCGCACGCCCAAAACGCACACCAUGCCACGCUGGGUGCGAACAGUCUUUCUGAGUUUUCUACCCAAGAUUAUGUUCAUGACCAGACCGGAAAGAGAUCCAGAUGGGGUGACUGUAUCCGGCGACAAUCUCCCGCACGCGAAGUCUUGCGCGAUUCACUCGGGUGCCGCGUUGCAGAAGAAGCACAAGCCGCAAGCUCUGGUGUGUAGCGUCGUGUCCAGUCUCGCCAACCGCCAACGACUGCUCAACAAGGAGUUAUCGCAUUCGAACAAGCUCAAUGGAAGCAAAGGUGCGGCCACUGGGGGCGUCUGCUGCGAGGAUAGGUGUAGCCCAUGUUGGCACCAGCGGUCAGGAAAACUGCCUGUGGACUCUGGAGGUGGGAGUGCAGGGAUGGGCACAUUGGGGGCGUUGAGCGGAGGGGACAGGGCUUCCAGGGGAGGGAGUCAAUGCUCCAGCUCUGAAUCUCUGGAUGGGGGGCUGAUGUCUCUGCUGCCCAUCUCUCCGGAAGUAAGAGAUGCCAUCGAGAGCGUCAAAUACAUAGCGGAGAACAUGAGGCUACAGAAUGAGGCAAAGGAGGUCCAAGAUGACUGGAAGUAUGUGGCCAUGGUCAUUGACAGGAUCUUCCUGUGGGUCUUUGUCCUGGUGUGUAUCCUGGGGACAGCUGGCCUCUUCCUGCAGCCUCUGCUGCUGGGAGACGACAUUUAA